CUUCCGGUUAGAAAAAGUAACCAAGUAAAAGAAGUUAUCAUUGUUUUAUGUAUUUAAUUCAUACAUUUCUUGAUUCAAAGUGUUUGCGAAUGCUACUUUAGGUUACCUUACUUUCUUUCCAAAAUGGAAGUCAAUAAAUUGGAAGGAUCUGUGAAUGCUUCUCUGCCAGACAGUGUUGAUGAUUACAGAGGAAGGCUUGGACUGCAGAAAGGUGACACUUCAGAUAGGGUUGUCGUGGGAGCAUUCCUCAGGAGACAUAUAAACCCAAAGUUCAAACCUGCCCUGCAACAAGAAGAACUACAGUAUAAGUGUCAAAUGCUGGACAAUGUGAAGAAAGUGAAGACAGAUGGAUUUAACAAAAGAAAGCUUAGAGGUCUGACCUGCAAGGAACGCAAGAAACUCAAAUUGUAUAAACCUCAAGCUGAAAACCAAAAAUACUCAAUGUACAUCCAGAUGCAUGAGAUGUGGUUGGACUAUAUGAGAUCUAUCAUCAAUGUUAAAAGUUUGAACAAUAUACCAGUUAAAGCCAACGAUCAUGCAAUGUUGAGAGCUGAUUAUCACGGCUGCCUAGCAACUGUUACUAAGUCUAAAUGUCCGUCAUAUGUAGGCCUAACUGGAAUCAUCAUACAAGAAACUAAAAACACAUUCAAGAUCAUAACUAAAGAUGAUAAAAUAAAAACUUUACCAAAAGAGAAUUGUGUAUUCACGUUCAUCAUUGAUGACAUCCAGUUUACAAUGUAUGGAAAACAUUUUGCCUUCAGACCUGCUGAUAGGGCAACAAAGAAAUUUACAUCUAAGCCCACGCUAGAUUUCUGAUGUUUUAUAUACGUGUAAAUAUUGGAGAAUAUCAAGUAAAGUUUACUUGGCUUAUUAUCCCAGAAAUACUGGGGAUUAUCAAACACAGUUUACUUUGAUUAUUAUGUCAGAUAUACUUAGGAUUAUCAAA